AUGAGUGAUGGAAAACAUUGGUGUGCCACCACCGGCAAUUAUGAUGUGGACAAGAAAUGGAUGUACUGUAAUAUCACAGGACCGGAUACAAACAAGGAGAUGCCCAAAUGUGUCUUUCCAUUCACCUACAAUGGCAAGAACUACAGCAGCUGCACAGAAGAUGGGCGGAGAGAUAAGAAGCUUUGGUGUGCCACCACCAAUAACUACGACAUAGACAAGAAAUUAAUUCUUUGUACCAUCACAAAAACAGGCUGUGUCUUCCCUUUCAUCUAUAAGGGAAAAGCGUACCAAACCUGCACCACACUGGGUCACAAUGAAGGGAAAGCGUGGUGUGCCAUGACUCCGGACUACCAAACUGGCUUGAAGUGGAGAUUAUGCAACCAAACAGACUGUGUCUUCCCCUUUGUCUUUCGUGGCAAGUCCUAUCACAGCUGUACCAGAGCUGGGCGUGCUGAUAGAGGGCGUUGGUGUUCCCUCACCAGCAACGCAGACACCAACACGACCUGGCUUCUGUGCUGAUACGGGCAAUGAAAUCUCAGCUUAUGUCUCAAAGUCUGACUAACCAACUACUUGUUCUUGCUGAGGUGUUUGUGAUUUGUGCCUGGAUGUUCCUGAUUCUGAACAACCAGGAUGACAUCAAGCCAGGAGGCUGAACAAAUGAACUAAGUUCUGACUUGUCUUCCUUCUACUUUGAUGAGUUCCA